CAGUUCCUUAUAAUCAACAAAAUUCAAAAAAAAACACAGGGCAUAGAGAAACACAUACGCAUUCGCAUAAACCACUAACAUAGUCAGCAUACCAUACCGAUUUCACAGUCAUAUACUUGGUUUAUUUCAUUUCGGAUCACGUCUAACACCUGCAGCUCAGGUAGGUACAAAGACAACAAGCAAAGUGCUAGUUCAAAUAUCAUCGAAUUCGAAUUUAUAAUUGAAAAAGAUAAUACCAAAUGAAUCAAGAUCAACAACCUGGGUACAUUCUUACAAAGUAGAAGAACUGCGACCACAAAUUAAUAUAACAAAAUGAAUUACAACUACAAAAACAAGAACCACCACGCCCACGACAUGAUGGGCCACGACGAGGACAUGAUGACCACAAAGAUGGACCCCUACUCCAGCCGUGGUACCAAAAGUAAAAAUGCUAAAAAGAAGAAGAGAUGCCUCUGCGAUUGGCGUCGCAUCAUUUUUGGCAUCCGUGGAGUGUGGUUCCUCAUCUUCACGAUUGUAGCCAUCGUCGUGGCAGCUGUUCUCCAUACUUUUCACACUGUUAAGUCGAUCAUAUUAAUGCCGAGUCGUGUUAUUAACUCCUCAACUUUAUUGAUAAAUGCUGAACAUCAACAAGUAUCAACGUGCGCAUAAUUUCGAUUUAUUCAUUUACAAUUACGUCAGAAAUAAAUGACGACCAUACCAAGUGAGUAGUAGGAUUGAUUCUUCUGUAAGCACUACCGCGGCUAAGGACAGCAAGAAUGACAAAAACUAACAGUGAUUAUAUUCUUUCUCCACUGAUAUCUUCCACAUCCAUACACGUACACCUCUAACAACGUCACCGUCGAAGAGCUGAACAACCCGCAGACUUUUCAAGGCAGGUUCGCUCGUGAAGUCGACACUUUCGUAGACUGGGUGAUGGCAUCUCAUGGGGGGAGUUCAGGCUCUCUAGGUUCGGCUAUCGGUGGACGUUCAGGCGCUCCUGGUGCAAGUGCAACUGGUUCAGGUUCCGGAGGAGCGGGAGGUCGUAGUUCCGGAGCUUCCGCAAACCCUCUAGCUACUUUGGGCAAUGCUUUGAAUGCGAGUACACAAGAUCCUCCGCAAGGACGCAGCUUCGAAACCCUACUUCGACAGUACUACAGAUUGAUUCUUGAUAUUCUGUUGAAAAUUUGUGCUACCUCUUGUAGGAUCAAUUAUUGGGAAGUAGAACUUCACCUUGUUCAUUUUUGAUGGAAGUACUGGUCGUGCUGGUCUUCUUUGAUGCAGCACAAAAAUGCUGAUCGGUUGUAUCUCUACAACUUCACCGUGCUUGAUGGAUAUUAGUCCUCAUUAUUUCCACCUUCUUGUUCCACUACGACUUCGUUCUCGAUAUUGUUUAGUCUCCAAUCUAGUAGAUGUAUGACCUCCAUGCGAGACUUGUGCCAUGCCAUAGGAAAUUUUACUUCACCGUCGUGCCAGCUUGAUAGAUAAACAACUCCUGAACGAACUUCCACUACGACUUGACUUGUUGCCUUCCUCCACUACGACUUCGUUCAUCUCCAUCUUCUGAUCCAUCUUCUACAACACAGGUUGGACAACCUACCUCCUGCCCACGCUGUCGAUACCGUCGAAGUGCUGGUGGAGGCCUGUGGCUUCAACGCCUUUCCGGUUUUUCACAACCUCGUGAUCUCGCCUUUUCUUGAGGAAAUUUCCGCACUUGCUGAAAUUGAUGAUGCUCAGAAUCCUAGACGUCGCAGAGGUGCUGGAGCGCCUUCUACUUCCCCUAGUCGAAGUCCGACACCAGAUCUUGACGGUGGAUCUGCAAGUACACCACCUCCUGCGGCUGGAGGUAGUGGUGCUGCAGCUGCUGGAUCUUCAAGUACACCACCUCCUGCGGCUGCUGCUGUUGUUCCAAAUGUGCCGAGUGACCUGCAGAGGAUGGCAGCUGCGUCAAUGCGUGGCGGUCGACGUCUCGCUAGAGCUAACCGCGUUCGCACUGCUCUUAAGGCUUGAAGGCUUGUUUCCCUAGACCUAGUCCAUCUUUUUUAUAGGGAUCGAUCCUCUCUCAAAGUCAAACGUAAGUAGUAUGCGCCCCAAUAGAUACAAGGGGAAUGAUAUUGACACUGACCACACAUACGCUUGAUGAGGGAUCAUUAUUUCCACAAGAGAGAUGAAAAAUUGCGGAGCAGAGGUCUAAUGCUCGUCCCACAGCGGCUGGUGUCGGUGGAGCGACAGCAGCUCCUGGCGCGCCAGCUCCUGGAGGCAGCAGAGAUCCCGAAGAAGGUGUUGUUAAGGAGAGCAGGGUUUAACGUGAUUUCAAGCUCAAUUGAUGAAAAUCGCUGACAAAAGGUAUUCUAGUUCUAGCAGAUCAAGAUAACUUCAACUGUUUUGUCGCCUUGAUAAGUACUAGAAGCACUACCAUCCAUACGUUACUUUUUAUUUUCCUGAAGAUCUAAUUUUUGAAGUCCCAGUAGCGCACCCACGACUCCUGGAGCCGAUGUGGCCUCACCAGCUGGUGGAGGUAGCCCUUCUAGUGCUGCAGCUGGAGGAAAUCCAGGAACUCCAACUGCAGACGGAGUCUACUUUCCAAGUGGAGGUUCUGCAGGUGGAGCAACCGGCAGAGCUGCAUUGCGUCGUUAAGAUUUUUUUGAUAGUUCCUAUCAGAUAGUACAGGUCUAGUAGUACUUAGUUAGUUCUGUUACUUUCUUGCGGUAGUUGCGUUGCGAGUGCCAAAUGAUCAUUGCUCCAUUUGUCAACAAGUCAUACUAGUGCCAUAACUACAACAACCAGCUAGUACUCCUAGCUACUACAUACCAGUAUGUAUACUUCAUCUACUUGUAUAAUUUGGUAACGACCUGAAUUUGAUCAUCAGGGCAUCAAACAAGAAGAGAACCCUUGCGAUCAUCAAAUUCAGGCUACCAAAUAGUACCGAAACGAACCAUUCACAGCACCUUUCGUCCUCCUCCUCCUUCAUUCCUUCGGCUCGUCUCGGCAGAACCACGUGGACACUUCUUUGGCUAACCCUGGUUGGAUCCACCGUGGUGCGCGUACCAUGGCUGGUCGUCUCCUGGGAUAUGUGGUGCUCUUCCUCUGCCUCUUCUAUCUUCCUCAGAUGCUGUUGUCCUUCGUCGCUUGUAGCAGUCGCAAACUUAAGAAGCACUGCUUGGUGCACUUCUCUUUGUGGAUUCUGCUUUUCCUCUCGGUUUUAAGGCUACUUACAAAUAGUGGUAUUCGAUUUGGUAUAGUAGGUAUUCCUUCUACUUCUCCUUCUAGUCACACUAUGAAAUAUAAUUGUAGACUAGUUCUAGUUCUUCAAUGCAUAUGUUGCUGCACGACUAUCAUGUAUAAGUAGUUGUAUGCGGAUGAAUACAUAAGAAAGACUAAUAGAUCAAAAUUUAUACACAAGGAAGAAUCUUCAAUGCAAAACCAAAAUAGACGUAUCGGUAUCCUCAGACUAAAAACCGAAAGUGGUAAUAUCUGUAUUAUCAUAUCUGGACGCAGGGCUCAUCUUCGUCUUCUUCUAACUCGAGCGGACGUGAUUACGCACAUGUACUACAUGAACAAUGCGUGUCAUGUCUUGGACUACCAUAUAAGUAAGUCGGUGUUGAGGCGUGGUGGCCAAGGAUGCAGCAUGGAUGUCGUUGACCAAGCAGAAAGAAAUGGUCGCGAGACGAUGCCGGCUCGAUUCAUCGUGGACCAAAUAAAUCGAGGAACUGCUAUGGAUGAAGUCGACGAGCUCAUCUCAGAUGUGUUCCCAGACAACGAGCGACCGACUCCUCCUCCCAUCCCUGUGGUCGAUUAUUUCCAGAACACGAUCAGACCUGUGAUCCGACCAGUCGUUUUGGGGCUGGUUGCUUUCGUCGCAAUCAUAAUCUGCGUUCACCUUGUGUUCCUCUCGGCAAACCUUGGUGCCCUAUGCUGCAAACCCGGAGAUCGGGAAGAUGAUGUUAUGGCCAGUAAGAGAAGUUUAUUUACGCGAGAAGUCGUCAGGGAAAUCUUGGGCAGACUGCCGAGUAGAUUCGCGCCACCAUUAAUAAAGCGAGAAACUAGUAAGUUGCACUAGAGUGCUUCUAAGUAGACUAGUGCGACGCGUUAGAGUAGUACGGCCCUGCUCCACAGUGUAGUGUUAGACUACUUAGACGUCUUGGAGAAGAUGAAGAUUGUUAUCUUGCUCCAUAUCCAUCUCCAUGUGUAGUUCCUCCUUCUAAUUCUCACGAACAAGAAGAUGACAACACCUACCAAGACGGUCACGCUUGGCAACACGGCGAACAGGGAGACUACAGUGCUUACCAACACGCGAGUGCGGCCGGGGAAGACGAAGCUUUUCACGAUGAAGAUAUCGUUGAAGCGAUCCACUGCGAGCCCGAAUCGGAGCAGCUACUUCUUCUGAACAUGACAACCUCUUGAAGAAGAGUACAGAUAGUUGUAGACAGGUCGAGUGGUAGAUCGUGAACACUCUUCGUCUUCUUCUACAACAAGAAGGUUGAUGAUGACGCGGCACUCGUCGUCACUAACUUACCCUCUAUCAUGUUUACAACUACCGGUUAGUUUUCCCUCUAUGAGCUCGUAGAUCAUGUAUCCCUACUUCCAGCACUAUAUACACAGGGAGAACGAGGAUGGACUGACACUGACGAGAAUAACAACGAUUAGCUUCGUUUAGAGCUGCGUUUAGAUGUUGAUAUGUUUUAAUGUUGAAAAUCAAAUUUCCAACGCCUACGAUUUCCACAAAAAAGACUUGUUAGUCUGAGAAGUUUUCUGGAUAAAUUGUGUGGAGUCUUCUACGCCGCGGCAACGUAUACUAUAGCGUCUUAUACUAGGUCCUUUUGCUGCAGAUGUUUCUUAGUUCUUGAUCGUGUUGAUUCGAAAAUUUUACAAACGCGAAGAACUUGGCUGAUAAUUUUUUCAUCUGAUGGAACCACCUACGAGAAGCUAUUCAGAAUCAGAUUGUUAUGAAGAGACGCUUUUUUGUGCAACGCAAAGACCACCGGUAUUAUUAUUAUUGUAUUAACAAACGCACCAAUAAUAGAAGUUUCUAUAAUUCGACGAGGAUUGCAAUGGGGAUUACAACAAUGAAUGAUGACGACCUUGUCAACACUACGUUGAUGAGGUGGUUGGCCUGGAAACCACAUGCAUACACAACGCAAAAUACGGCCACCGAUGAACUACAAAGAUCAUUAACAUCAUGAUCCACCAACCAUUGUAUUCGUUUUCUUAACUUGAUGUUUUUGUCUGUUUACUUUUGAAACAUGUACUAGUGUCCAUAUGUUGGUAGACACAGACAUAGCCAUGAAAAACAUCAUAACUUCUUAAAUGCCUCUAAUUGUACUUGGAGAACAAGUGUUCCUCGAGAUCUUACUCAAUGCGCAGGGCUGAGGCGGGAACCCCCCUAAUCCUAAUCCUAACUUAGUAUAGCCGUGCUUGGUUUUUCUUGAUAUGUCUAGUACAGCAGCAGCACUGGCAGACAGAUCGUUGUUGAGAAA